AUGACUCUUGAUGACUUGAAGGCACUUGAAGCCUUUCCAUCUGAGGACUUGAUAUUUCAUAUCUUUUACUCAGCCCUUCCCACCGCUUGGCGGAACUAUGUUCAGAAGAAGAUUGAGGAGGUUCAGACCUCUAAAUAUACAGUUGUAAUACUGGAUGUGAUUCCAAUCACGAAAGAAAUUCAAUCUCAAGUUGGUCCUUCAAAGAAUAAGAAAAAGAAUGCGCCUCCUUCUACUCAGGUCAAUGCUGCUAACCUAUCCUGUUCAGAAUCUUAUUUCAACACCCAGCCCAGUGCCUACCAUGGCUGUGAUCUUGGGGACCCUACCUACCUGCUCAGGAUGCAAUGCUCAGCAUCAUGGAAUCUGCUGGCUAGCCCACCCGGACACAGCCCCUGA